CGCCAGCAUGUGUGAACGCCGGGACUUCUUCUCUGUGCGGGUGAGAAGAGAUGUUUCUGCAUGCAGCAUUGCGUUUGCUGCAUCUUUACAGGUGCUGCAUCUGACACCGGAAGCCUUUUGAGAUCAGAGUCGAACUGCUGUUAGCAUUCCCAGCGUUUUUUUGGAUCAGAUAUAACUGGCUUAGGAUUUCAGUCAGUUCAUAUAGCCUUGGUGCAGUCAGGAUUGGUUUGGAACGAAUGAAGGUCCAUCCAGACCAGUUUUGGGCUGGUUCCAAGAGGUCAAGCCGAGCUAGGACCGGUUGGGACCGGUUUGGAUGUGUGAAGAGUUCAUCUUAGGGUUCCAUGUCUCUGCACGAGUUCCUUCAGGAGGGUCAAGACGUCCCACAGCGGAUCUUGUCUCGACUGACCCAGCUCCUCUACAACCUAUCGGCUACUGUCUUACAGGGGGUCCCUUUCUCUCCUUUCACAAGCUUCAGCCGCAAGAGCUCGUGGAGGGAUUGGAACGAUGAGAUUAUGCAGCAGGAAAACAGUCCUCUGUGUGCUGCAGACAUCAGCCCUGACCUCAGGAAACAGUUCGCCUUCCUGUCAGGUGGUCGAGGAAAGAAUGGCAGUCCCAUCAUCAUCUUUCCGGAGUACCCGGCGUUUGGCGAGCUGGAGGAAGAGGAGUUUCACAACGUGCUGACGUACCUUACCAGUGUUCCCAGUCUCAGCUCGACGGGGGUCGGCUUCAUUCUCGUCAUUGACCGGCGGCAAGACAGAUGGGCGUCAGUGAAGGGGACGCUGCUGCGGAUUGCGGGCUCUUUCCCAGGCAACCUGCAGCUGGUGCUGGUACUGAGACCCACAACACUCUUCCAGCGAACAAUCUCAGACAUUUUAUUUAAAUUAAACAAGGAUGAGUUUAAAAUGAAGGUGCCGGUUAUAAUGCUCAGCUCCGUGACUGAGCUUCACAGCUACAUCGACCGCACGCAGCUCACUCAGGAAUUGGGCGGUUCGCAGGAGUACUGCCACGAGAAAUGGAUUUCACAUCGCACUGCCAUUGAAGGUUUCGCUCUGAUGGUGAAGAAAACGGCACAGACUCUCCAGGCAUUCGGGACGGAGUUGGCGGAGACAGAACUGCCCAAUGAUGUAGAGGCCACGUCUAACCUUCUGACCAUCCACAUUGAGAAGAAAGACAGGAUGAAGGAGGACUUGAGGAUUGCUCUCUGUCAAGGAGGACGUUUGUUGGAGAGCAUCAAUGAGCCGCUGGUGAAAGAUCCAGAUUAUACCAUGAACCAGGAUGAACUAGAAAACUUGUCUACGGUUCAGAGGCUGCUUGGUCAGUUAGAUGAGACGGAAACAGCGUUUGAUGAUUUUUGGGACAAACAUCAAACCAAGCUGGAGCAGUGUUUGCAACUGAGGCAUUUUGAACAGGACUUCAGGGAGGUCAGACCUCAGUUAGAUCUGGUGUAUGACAGACUGAUAGGCUUCUCUGAUGUAGGAAUAAGCCCCGCCCACGCUGAACAUAUCCUGAAAGAGCUGACCAAUCAUGAAGAGCGAACAUGUGCGGUGUUGGACCUGGCGCUUUCUCUAGUGAGUGAUGCGGACCGGCUCAUUGAAGCAUCUCAUUACGCUGUGGACUCCAUCCUUCCCAAAUGCUCUGACCUGCGAGCUGUGUGUGAAGAGAUCAGUGUUGUCCUGAAAGCUAAGAAAGCACAUCUGCUCAAAGCCAUGGAGCUACAUCAGUGUUUAGAGAAGGCCACUAAAUGGUGCGAUGAUGGCAUCUACCUGCUGGCAUCUCAGCCUGUGGAUAAGUGUCAGUCGCAGGAUGGGGCGGAGUCAGCGCUGCAAGAGAUUGAGCGUUACUUGGAUACAGCCAAUCAGCACAAGCUGACUGAUUUAAAUGGAAUCUGGAGGGAUUACGAAUCAGUGCUCACACAAGACUUCAAGGAUCAGGUGGACCGAGUGUUUCAGAAGCAGACGUCCAUGCAAGAGAUGUUUGAGAAGAGGAGGAUCAGCCUGAAGAAGUUAGCAGCCAAACAAACGCGGCCCGUGCAGCCGGUCGCCCCGCGUCCAGAGGCUAUCAUUAAAUCGCCCGUCCCCUCUCCAAUCCAUAGGGAGAAGUCUAUAGAGGGUGACAUCAUCAACGGAAACUGCAGAAAAGGGGAUUCACACUUGCAGAAUGACAGCAGCAGACACCCAUCCGUCUCUGACGAAGAGGAGAACUUUGCUGUGCUCAGACGGCACGUGAUGAAUGAACUGUUGGAGACAGAGAGAGCUUACGUGGAGGAGUUGCUGUGCGUGUUGGAGGGCUAUGCAGCAGAAAUGGAUAACCCAUCCAUGGCUCCUCUCAUCCCCAACACGUUGCUUAAUAAGAAGGACAUCCUCUUUGGCAACAUGCCCGAGAUAUACCAGUUCCACAAGAAAACUUUUCUUCGCGAGUUGGAGGCGUACACAGACUACCCUGAGCUGGUGGGCCGGUGUUUUCUAGAGAGGAUGACGGAUCUGCAGAUCUAUGAGAAGUACUGUCAGAACAAGCCUCGCUCCGAGUCUUUAUGGAGACAGUGCUCUGACUGCGCUUUCUUUCAGGAGUGUCAAAAGAAACUAGAACAUAAACUUGGCUUGGACUCGUACCUGCUCAAACCUGUUCAGAGAAUAACCAAAUAUCAGCUUUUACUGAAGGAACUUCUGAAGUACAGUAAAGGCUGUGAAGGUGAAGAUGACCUGCAGGAGGCGCUCUCCUCUAUAUUAGGAAUCCUAAAGGCUGUUAAUGACUCUAUGCAUCUUAUCGCCAUCACUGGAUAUGAAGGUAACCUGAGUGAUCUGGGCCGUCUGAUGAUGCAGGGAUCUUUCAGCGUUUGGACGGAGCAUAAGAAGGGUCACGUGAAGGUAAAAGACUUCGCGCGGUUCAAGCCCAUGCAGAGACACCUGUUCCUUCACGAGAAAGCUCUGCUGUUCUGCAAGAAACGAGAGGAGAAUGGAGAGGGUUAUGAGAAAGCCCCUUCAUACAGCUUCAAACACUCACUCAACAUGAGCGCUGUAGGUAUUACUGAAAACGCAAAAAGUGACAACAAAAAAUUUGAGAUCUGGUGUAACUCUCGGGAGGAGGUGUAUAUUGUACAGGCACCGACACCAGAGAUCAAAACCGCUUGGGUAAAUGAGAUCCGGAAGGUUUUAACUGGCCAGCUAAAAGCCUGUAGAGAAGCGAGUCAACAGAAGACUUCAGAGCAGUUAACUCCCACCAGCACCACCCUUAUCAUGAGCCCCUUUAGGAGCAACCCAAAGACCAUCAAGAAGGGAGACGAGAAGAAAACCGAACCAACAGUAGUGGAUUCCAGCACGACAUCAGUACCCAAAAACACUGAUAAGAUCAAAGACGAGACUGUCACCAGUCCCAACACUGAGAGAGCUGCAGUGGCAAAAAAACGUUUUACACUGCAGGGCUUCAGUAACCUCAAGAGCCAAAAAGAGCUCGUAUCGCCCUCUGGUGGUAAAAGCCUAACAUUACCCAUGGUCACUCUCUGCCCUCCAGGAUCUCCCCCUAGUCCUGAUCACAAAACUAAAAGACAUGAGAUUAAGAGCGAUCCCACGCCAUUUGGCUUCAAAGACGCAGGUCCUCACAUCACUCUUACCCGAGUGAAGUGGCUGAGCACAUCUAGUCUGUUACAGGCUAAAAGGAGAGGGUUCACCAAGGCAUCUCUGUCUAUGGAUGCAUCUGAGGAGAACGACGAUUAUUCGAGCGCUGAGGAUCCCAUGAACUCUGACCCUGAGGAAGAUGGAGGAAAGAAACUGUCUCCAGGCAGGUAUGUGGUAGUUGCUGACUAUGACAAAAGUGGACCGCAGGAGCUGACGGUAAAGAGUGGAGACACAGUGGAGCUGGUGAGGGAGGGAGAUGAUGGACGUUGGUUUGUGCGUAAUCUGAGGACCAGUAAAGAGGGCUGGGUCGGUGCCGCAAACCUGCUCACGCUUAUCGGAGAAUCCAAAUCGUCUCAGUCUCUCUCCAGCUCGGAAGGCAGUGGAUCUGGAAACCUCAGCACAUCCUCCAGUUGUAGCGAGACCUACACGAGCUUCUCGGAUAUCAAAGCCUGAUGCCAGUGACUCGAACCCGCUGCAGCGCCGCCUUGUGGCAGCUCCCUCACAGUGCACUUUCUACUGACGCUACUCAAGUCUUGUACUGUAUUGAAUCACUUCUGCUGAGAAAAUAUACAGACUUCUGGAGUCAGUGUCCUCCAUUCAGGAUAUUUAAAUAGAGGUCCAGUCCUUCUCAGCAUUUACUUGUUUAUAUGUGGAGCGAUACAUUUUGGUAUAUGAUGAUCUCUUUGAAAUAGUCUUUUCGUCCAUUUUUUUUUAAAUGAUGCUGUUACCUGCAUGAUGGUUUUCGUAAAUGAUGACAAAACAAAAAAACGAUUCUUGUUAUUCAUCAGUUACACCCAAGUAGCCCAUAUUUAAUUUAAACCUUAUAGGGUCUUUAACUAGACAUCACGGGUCUCCAUCAGUUUUAUUGAUCUUACAUUCAGUGUCUUUUGGGAACAUCAGAUUUUUUUUACCAUCAUAAGCUCCUGUCUGAUUUGCUGUAGCAGCAAGACAAUGAAAUUGUGUUUUUUUUUUUACGAUAGAUAUUCUUGAUAUGCCUGGAUCCAGCAAUUGAAAUGACUGUGAAAAGUCCUGUCAUUCACUGUAUGUAUUAAUCAAAAUCUGUAUAGUUUAAAUUAUUUCCUGUAAAAGAAGAUUUGUACAGAUAUUAACUUUUAUCUCAUGUUUUUCAUUAAAACAGUAUAUAAAUAUAUACAUAUUGUAUAUGAUGACCACUAUUGGUGUGUGUCAAUGAAUUGUAUUUUAUUGUAUUUUGUUGUAUGCGUCACUUUACUGAGUUGCACCUUUCAUGUACAUGGUAUUACAGUUUUCCAGUAACAGCAUACCGGUUGUAUUCACAUUGUAUGUAAUUUAGUUAAUGUAAUUUCUUGUGUCAUGAUAAUCUAUCAUUUAAUUUGGUAUAAAAGAAGGAAAUUGACAAUUAGUAAGUAUUUCCUAAAAUCUGUCAGCAAGUUGGUCUACAUUAAUGUAUCAGAAACGAUUGAUUUUGGCGAUGAACUAAAUAUUAUACUGGAUUUCUGUACUUUAUAUUCAAAAUUGCAUAAUUGUAAAUGUGUUUAAUCCUUUUAAGCAAUACAACAUCACUGUCAAUUUUUACAUUUUAUGUGGCACAUUGCUGCAUGUUAUUGUUUUAGCUCUACUUGUUUUUAUUUGGCAUUAAAGCAUUGUUCUGUAUUAGACUCUGUAUAUGUGUAAAUAUGUAUUUAAGAGGUUGUAUGAGAUGAAAUUUAAAGUGUUUAGGCAUAAAUAAACUUCACUGAAACAUUUA